ACAACAACAACUACAUUAUUUAUUUACAUUUGACGUGAUUUUUCUCGUGUUUCAUUUUUGUAAUUCUCCUAUUUUUAAAUACUUUUAUUUCACCAUUUUACAAAUAUGAAAUCCCACAAAUCAACACUACAAUCUGUUCUCUCCGCCGUAUUGAAAGUUAUUCGUGUAUAUGAAUGGCUUUUGAAUCUGUAUGUUUUGGAUUUCUUUGUUGAUAAUCAUUGGGAAAAAUUGCCAACAAGCUGGCGGGAGAUAUUUCAAAACAUAGAUCCACAGGUCCUUGGAGAUAUUAUAUCAGGAAAUCAUAACAAUUAUGUGUUACCUCUAUCAUUCCUCUCAUUGUUGAAAACUGUACAGACAUAUAGUUUGCCGAGAACCAGUAUUUAUAAUUAUGAAUCUUUUAAAGAAAUCCACAGUAUACAUGAUAGUUGCAGAGGUCAUCCAAGAUUGAAAAAUCUUUUCUUGAAACAUGUAAAAUUGAAAAAGAGGCAUGAAGUGACUCUUAUGGCAGAAAUUGUACAUCACACAGCUUCACAAGUGAAAUGUGAUGCUGUAGUUGACUUUGGUUCAGGGUUGGGACAUUUGGUUAGACUGCUUGCAUACAAAUAUGAUCUCUAUGCUGCUGGUAUUGAGUGUCAAUCUCAAUUAACACAGGAUGCUAGAAAACAAGACUGGGAACUUGAAUAUACAGCCAAAAAGUAUUUGUCAACUGAAAGUGCAAUUAAAUUGCGCCGUCCCAUUCAUUUUGAUAUUAUUCUAAAUAAUAUCAGUCAGUUAGAUCAUUUAGUGUUGCCAGAUACAAUGGAUAACUAUGGUUUAAUAGGACUACAUCCAUGUGGUGAUUUGGGCCCAUUGCUUUUGAAACACUUUGUUAGUAGUAACAAAGUGAGGUUUAUAUGUGUGGUGGGAUGUUGUUACAUGAAGCUGACAUGUGAGGGUGCUGACAGAGGGUACCCGAUGAGCAAGUACCUUACUGGUUUAGACAGCGGUUUGUCUUAUGCUAGCAGGGAGAUUUCGUGUCAUUCUAUUGAUACUUAUUGUGAUAGACUAAAAAAUGGACAUUAUGAGGAUUUGAAGAUACAUGCAUACAGAGCAGCGCUAGAAAGAAUAUUGGUGGAGCAUGACCCUAAGUUACGACACGCCCAAGUCAGGAGUAUCAAGAAUUCUGACAACAUGACAUUUCAAAGAUACUGCACAUUAGCCGUGGAGCGACUGGAGCUCCCUCUACCGACGUGUGCGAGCACGUGGUCACGUGGCGAGGCAGACUUGCAGCAAUGGCGGCGCGUGGUGACCGUGUAUACACUGCGACUGCUACUGGCCCCGCUCGUCGAGACCGUCAUACUACUCGACAGAAUACUCUUUGUUAUUGAAAAUGGUUUCUCGUGCAAUAUCCGGCCAGUAUUCGACCCGAAAAUAUCGCCCAGAAACCACAUCAUAGUUGCAAAGAGAAUGUAAUACAGAUUAUUAAAACAUAAACAUUGUUUUUUUUUAUCGUACCAAUCGUUUAAGCUAUUAGUAACUAAUUUAUAUAUCUAAAUAAUUGAUGUUUUGUUUAAUUGAGAGUGUGAUCAUACCGAGGCACUGGAAUUUUAAGUAUAUUAACUUUAAUAUACAUGUAGGUUUUUGUAUCCAUCUGGAGUUGUUUAGUCUUACAAAAAAUAUUCAGUAAUAUUUUUCAGUUCGUGAUCUAUUUUAAUUAAAAAAAAAAUAAUAGCCCAGGAUAAUUGACACAGCACUAUGUAGUCUCAAAUUAAGAGCUUAUAUAAUACCAAACCAAUACUAAUGAUGUUUAUAUCAUACGAGAGUCAAACCCUAAACUGAAAUCAGGGGUGUGCUAAACCACUAGAUAACUGAAGGCGCCAAUGGAUAACUCUUGGCACAGAUUAGUGGCAAACUUAAUAUUUUUCAUUAUUAUAAAAAUAAACUUACUCUACUUGUCUUUUAAAAUAUUGCAAAUACUUUUUAAAGCCCUGUGUAAUAGUCAUAAUAAACUGUGGUAUUGUUUGUAUAGAAAAAGUAAGAAUAAUUAGGCCGUAGUACGUAAAAGGUGUUAUG